GGCUCUGUCGAGACAUUCAAGCAGCAGUUUACAGCAGCAGCUCUUGGUGUAUUCGGAUCUGGUUGGGUGUUUCUUACUUGGACUCCUUCGAGUUCUACCAUGUCAAUCGUGACCACUGCUAAUCAAGAUCAUCCCGAGUUUGCACCUCAGUUUGCAGGUACUGGUGCCAUGACUUUACUUGCUCUUGAUGUCUGGGAACAUGCCUACUAUGUCAAAUACCGCAAUGUUCGUGCCAACUACGUUGCUGCCUGGUGGAAUGUCACCAACUGGACCGAUGUUUGUACCCGUUUCCAAGGCGGUGCUGCCAAACUGUAA